GGGCGAGGUCGGUGGGCCGGCGUUUCAGUGCGUCCAGAGGCCAAGAGGCCAGACCUGCUGCAGGUCGCGCGUUCGAGGCCAGCGUCUCCGCGUUGCGCGUUCACACCCCGGAGCGCGAUAAUGUUCAGCAAAGUGAAAGUCUUCUCCGUGCAGCUGGAUUGCGAGGCCAUGGGCGCUGAGCCCGUGUUCAGCAGCGGCCAGAUGGUGACGGGACGAGUGCUGCUGGAGCUGGCGGACUCGGCGCGGGUGGAGGCGCUGAAGCUGUGGGCGCGGGGCCGCGCCUAUGUGCACUGGACCGAGUCAACGGGCACCAGUUCGAGCUCUAACAACCGGCGGACCUACUGGGAGCGCUUGGAGAUCAUGAAUCUCUGCUUCACGUUACUGGGAGCAGACACCAGCAAGAUCACGCUGUCCCCUGGUCACCAUGAGUUCCGGUUCAGCUUUCAGCUGCCCCUGUAAGUCCUGGGGUAUGGUGGGGGGGGGGGCUUUGUAGAGGAGUCCCUUAGGGAUCUCGGAGCCCCAAGACUGCCCCCGUG